AUGACGACCAACAAACUGCCCAGGUCCUGUAUUGAUGAAAUCCAAGGUUUGCAAAGAAGAUUUGUGUGGGGUGAUACCGAUGAUAAACGAAAAAUCCAUGUUGUUGCAUGGGAUACGGUUACGCUGAAAGAUUUACAUGUGCUUAGAAGCAAGUACAAAAUUUACAAUAGCAACGAUUACUUGAACAAGAAAGUUGAUGCUUCAAGUUUGUGGCAGGAUAUUGUUGCUGCUAUUCCUGUUAUGUUAAAGACUGGUAGAUGGCAAGACGGGAGACAGGAACUUGCAGGUACUAGAAACAAUGAAUUUUCAAUAAAGGAGAUGUUUAAGGAGAUAGAGGGAUAUAAGUUCAAAAAUGCCGAUGGAGAUUGGAAUAAGAUCUGGAAAGCUUUGGUGCCGAAGAGGUGUAAAAGUUUUCUUUGGAUUCUCAAGCAUGAUAGGUUAUUAACAAAUUUUAGUAAGAGUAAGAAAGGCCUCGGCAGUGCGGUUUGGAAAAGCUUGGUUCCUAGUGACAUCCUUGUUGACUUCUUCAGAGUGGAUCAAGUUAAAUCUUAA